ACGAGUUCUUUGUUACAACAAAUCAUCCACUUUCGAUAUUAAUCCUCAUAAGUUGACUGGAACACACAGGAAACAUCUAUGUGAGAUAACAGCUCUACGAGUUGAAAAAAUAAAAAUUUAGAGAUAUUUUCCGGAUGUGAAUAAAACAAUCAAGAAAUCCUUGAUCACACAGAGAUAUCAAAUUGUAAUAUAAUUCUUAUCAAAAGCAUGUUAUCGGACUUAUCUAAAAUUUCUGCAACAAAAGCCGGAAAGUCAAUAAAUGAUAAAGCAUUGCCGAAAAAAUCAUACAAAACUGAUUAUAAAUGGAAAAUCGUUUGGAAAAACGUUUUUAUUUUUUCUUAUAUUCAUCUUGCUGCCAUUUACGGAAUAUACAUGGCUUGCUUGCAUGCUAAAUAUUGGUCAGUUCUAUGGUUUGUUGCUCUUGGUAUCGCUGCAAAUAUAGGCGUCACCGCUGGCUCUCAUAGAUUAUGGUCCCAUCGAUCUUACAAGGCAAAGUGGCCCAUGAGAUUUAUUCUCAUAAUUUUCCAGACCAUUGCUUUUCAAGAUGAUAUUUAUCAAUGGGUCAGGGACCAUCGCAUGCACCAUAAGUUCACUGAUACUGACGCGGAUCCGUAUAACUCGCGCAGAGGAUUCUUCUUCUCGCAUAUCGGUUGGCUUCUAGUUCGUAAGCAUCCUGAUCUCAUUACUAAAGGUACCACGAUUGAUUGCAGUGACCUCAUGCAAGAUCCACUUGUGGCAUUUCAAAAAAAGUGGUAUAUGUAUUUAAUGCCGUUCUGCGCUUUUAUCGUACCAACGUUAGUGCCUUGGUGGGCAUGGAAUGAGAGUUUGUGGUAUUCAUGGCAUUUUGCAGUCUGUAGAUAUUGCGUAAAUCUAAAUAUCACUUGGUCGGUGAAUUCCGUGGCACACAUAUGGGGUGCGAAACCAUACGACAAAUUAGUCAGCUCUACUGACAAUAUUGGAGUUGCUUUGUUAGCGUGUGGUGAAGGCUGGCAUAACUAUCAUCAUGCCUUUCCUUGGGACUAUAAAACGGCGGAACUUGGAAAUUAUAAAUUCAAUUUGACCAAAACUUUCAUUGACUUUUUCGCUUACAUCGGUUUGGCUUACGACUUAAAGACCGUAUCUGCUGAUGUGAUAAAGAACCGUGUUCUUCGAUGUAGCGAGUCAACUCAUAAUCCAAUUAUUACGUAGAAUAAAAUAUUAUAUAUAGAAUAAGUUACGUAGAAUAAAUUGUAUAGAAUAAGUUAAUUUUCUAUUCUCAAAACUGAUUCUAUU